CAGUAUUUAAAGCGUAUGUCCAUGAGCAAGAAGACAUCCGCUCAGAAUCUCUUCAACAGCUUACUGGAUCGUCCAGACCGCAGUGGAAAACCGAAGUCUGCACAGCGCACAGAAAUACCAAUGGCUGUCUCCAAGUUCAAUAAAGCAAAUCGGAGCCUCACAAAAGCCCAGGAUUUUAGAGAUGACUUCUCAAUGUACAUGCAGCCCUAUUGUAACUGGGAAAGGCUUCUGGAAUCAGCACCCCAGUCCAUCGCAUUAUUUGGAGAACUGAUUCGUGUUUCGAGUGAAGAAGAUUUCUCCAUCAAUAAAAAUGCACCCAAAGAUGGAUUCCAAUUCAUCAAGUACCCUGAGUCUUUCAAAGCCUGCCUCUUGCAAGUAUGCAAUGUUGGAUGGCAAGCUUUUAAUGAAGCUCACAAGAACAUGGACCAGAUUCGUUUGUACACCGGACAGGUCCCAGAUUACAUCCGACACACUGUUGACAUCCUGAUCCAGGAAGACAAUGAUCUUGUCAAAGCAUUCCUACCAGCUGUGCUUCAGAAUAUUGAAAACAUAUCAUCAGAAUGCUUAAAACUGGUGAGCGCAACUGAGGAAAAGUUCUCAGAUGUCGUAAAACUGAUGCAAGAAUUUGUGGAAGCUUUAGUCAACGCAAGACAAGGUUACAACGUUGAGCUAGAAGAAAUAAAAAAAAAAAUUCAAGCCGAAAAGUUGAGAGAGAAGUCAGCGGAGGAAGCAAAAAAGAGGGUUCAAGCUGAGUAUGAGAAGGUUAAAGAUCAUCUCGCAGAGGACAGGAAAAGGUAUGAGAAAGCACUGGAUGGUUUACCAAGUGGAUGGAGCCUUUUGGGACAGAAGAUACUGUCAAGUUUCACUGAGCAGGCCAUGUCAGUCUCAGCUGGGAUAGCGAUCUCAAAAGGUGCAGGAGCUGUGGAUGGAUAUAUCCAUGCUGGGGUUAAUGUAGUCAAAGUCAUAGGUGGUGUAGUCAAUACUUUUGCAGGAAUGUCUACCACAAGUCAAGCCACCCCUGAAGAAAAUAAUAAAACAGAUGAGGAAAUCGCAACUACCAAAAUCCUUUCUCAAUCUAACUACAUUCUGAUACUGAGUGUAGAAAUGAACAGAUUCUACACAGAGGACAAGAUAAACUGGGCUGAAUUGUAUGACCAGAAGGAAAAAGCUGCUAGGUCAGAUUAUCUGAAGAAGAACUUUGAGAAUGCAAAAGAAUCCAUAAACAAGGAAGGUGAAUGCAAGGUUAAAAAUGAGGCCUUGGACAUCUGCAACAAAGGUAUUGACAUUUGCACUGAACUGGCUAAAUAUGCCCCUAAGGGGGAAUGUGAUGAUGCCAAGGCGAAAGAACAGAUCAAGGCCAUUAAGGACCUAAACACUAAAGCACUGACCUUUGACUCCAAAAGCAAGGCUUACACCGGCCGUCCAGCACUCUCUGGAGCACCACCCCACUCAAGCAGACAGCAAAAUAAGGAGGUGUCUGGAAAAGAUUUUAUCCAGUUACAAACUGAAUUAGCUUAUUUCCAAAUAGAACAAAGUGAAAAAUUGCUGAAGCAGACGACAGAAAGGUACGACAAGUAUUUGGAGAACGUUGAGAGGUCGAGUAAAGAGCUGGACAACAUUGUGAUAGAGUUGCAGGGUCUUAUACCCAAGGAGAUGGACUUCAACAAGAAAAUCAAGGUGCUGGCAAAAGGCCUGGCGGCAAUGGGAAACGUGAGACAACAGUGGGAGAACCUGGUGUCCUUUUUCCAGAUGCUUUCAAACUUGAUCAAGACUACUCUGACUGUACACCUGAAGAACUUUAAUCAGACUGUUGAUACAACUGUAAAGUACAACUACACCUAUUCUGAGUUUGUUAAAGAUCAAAUCUACAUGUGCGCCUUAAAUGCCUCUGCAACUGCCUAUAUGAUUAACAUGAUCUCCACCACCUACACUGAAGUGUCUAACUCGUACCUGAUGACAGGUAUUAGUACCCUGGGAAGACUGAUGACCAUGGAUCCUAAUGGACAAGAAUUCAUUGCAACCAUUGUCACCUUAAAGGGGAAUUAUACUUCUGCAAAAGACAACAUCAGCAAACUUGUCACAGCAAACAAGACAAAUUUCAAACUCAAAUGCCAGAACCGAAUAACUCAAAUCCAGACCGUUCUGUAUGAGGUCCUGCCCCAGAUUUCUGAAGAGAAGAAACUGGCAAUGAAGGCAGCUGUGAAGAAUGGAAUUGAGCCACAAAGUGAGAAACAAGAGGAGACCAAGUCAGCAGCUGAGAUUAAGCCCAUGACACAGGAAGAGGAAAGUCAGUUCUACUGAUGAGCCUGUUCAUGAAAAUUUCAGUUUGAUGAUAUUCCAUCGAGUUUGAACUGCAUAUUGUCCUGUCACAGAAAAAAAAAAACUUUGUAUCUCUACAAGGAAAGGAAAAAAAAUCUUAACAUUAAAGUGGCAGUCCCCAAAGAUGCUUUCUGUUAAAUUUGAAAGCAGUAAAAUUACUAGGAAGAAGUAAGGAGGGGGGGAAUCUUUCAGUGUAAUGGCACAAAACAAUAAACUUAGAAACGCAGAAUUUUACACAGAAAUGUAAUUAAAUUAAAUUAAAGUAUUCUAAAUCUUAAAAUCUUAAAAAAUCUUAAAAAACUUACAGACUGCUGCACAACCUAAACAGUGCUGACAGCAGAUUCCCAAUGGAGAUGCAGGGUUUUUGUGUGAUAGCGAUUAAACUUUUACUACAUAUAUUCCAUUCUUUCUUUCAUUAAAGGAUAAACGCAAUUGAAUAUGACAAAACUAACAAUUGAGACUAUUUCUUUAUUUGCACUGUUUAGAUUAUCAAUCUCUCUAUCUAAUCAUAUUAAUCCUGUCAGAUUUUCUAAUCAGAUUAAAAUUUCUGUUUUCAUCCUGUUAACCAAUAAAAUUAACUGAAGCAUCAAAA